CCUUACUUCUCUAUAAAUAAAUAAUAGUACCACCUCGCUAACCAAACACACACCAACCCAACCCGAGCCCCCCAAGCGCAGCCAUGGUGUUCGACGCGGGCACCGGCAGCAGUGGCGGCGGCUCGCCGGCGGCGCCCUCCCCGCCGCCGCCGUGGCAGAACCCUCUCCGCGUGAUCCUGACGGCGGCGUUCGCGCGGCAGGUGGCGGUGGGGCGGUGGUUCACGGUGUUCGCGAGCCUGCUGAUCCUGACGGCGUCGGGCGCGACGUACAUCUUCGGCAUCUACUCGCCGGCGCUCAAGGCGUCGCUCGGCUACGACCAGCACACGCUCAACACCGUCUCCUUCUUCAAGGACCUCGGCGCCAACCUCGGCGUGCUCUCCGGCCUCAUCAACGAGGUCACGCCGCCGUGGGUGGUGCUCGCCAUCGGCGCCGCCAUGAACCUCUCCGGCUACCUCAUGGUCUACCUCGCCGUGGCCGGGCGCACGGCGGCGCCGCCCGUGUGGCUGGUGUGCCUGUACGUGUUCGUCGGCGCCAACUCGCAGUCGUUCGCCAACACCGGCGCGCUCGUCACCUGCGUCAAGAACUUCCCGGAGAGCCGCGGCGUCGUGCUCGGGAUACUCAAGGGGUUCGUGGGGCUCAGCGGCGCCGUGUACACGCAGCUGUACCUGGCGUUCUACGGCGACGACGCCAAGUCGCUGAUCCUGCUCAUCGCGUGGCUGCCGGCGGCGGUGUCGGUGGUGUUCGUCCACACGGUGCGGAUCAUGCCGUACCCGCGCCGCCGCGGCGGGCAGGAGACCAGCGUCGACCCCUUCUUCUGCUUCCUCUACAUCUCCAUCGGCCUCGCCGCCUACCUCCUCGUCAUGAUCGUCGUGCAGCGGCAGUUCGCCUUCUCCCGCACCGCCUACUCCUGCGCCGCCGCCGCGCUCCUCAUCGUCCUCUUCCUCCCGCUCUGCGUCGUCAUCAAGCAGGAGUUCAAGAUCCACCGCGAGCGCCUCGAGCUCGCCGCCGCCGCCCCGCCGCCGCACACCAUCACCGUCCUCGAAAUGUCGAAAGAGACGGAGCGGUCGCCGCGGCCUUCAUCCCCGGCGCCGGCGGAGACGUCGUGGGUGAAGGGCAUGUUCCGGCCGCCGGCGAGGGGGGAGGACUACACGAUACUGCAGGCGCUGGUGAGCGUGGACAUGGCGGUGCUGUUCGUGGCGACGAUCUGCGGCGUGGGCGGGACGCUGACGGCCAUCGACAACAUGGGGCAGAUCGGGCAGUCGCUGGGGUACCCGGCGAGGAGCACCAACACCUUCGUCUCCCUCAUCAGCAUCUGGAACUACGCCGGCCGCGUCGCCGCCGGCUUCGCCUCGGAGGCGUUCGUCGAGCGGUGGCGCCUCCCGCGGCCGCUGGUGCUCACCGGCAUCCUCCUCCUCGCCUGCGCCGGCCACCUCCUCAUCGCGCUCGGCGUCCCGCGCGCGCUCUACGCCGCCUCCGUCAUCAUCGGCUUCUGCUUUGGCGCGCAGUGGCCGCUCGUGUUCGCCAUCAUCUCCGAGGUGUUCGGCCUCAAGUACUACUCCACGCUCUACAACUUCGGCGGCAUGGCGAGCCCCGUCGGCUCCUACAUCCUCAACGUCCUCGUCGCCGGGAGGCUCUACGACGCGGAGGCGGGCAGGCAGCCCGGCGCCGGCCUCGCCGCCGGCGCCGGCCGCGACAAGGUGUGCCUCGGCGUCGACUGCUUCAAGAAGUCCUUCCUCAUCAUCACGGCUGCCACCGUGUUCGGCGCGCUCGUCUCGCUCGUGCUGGUCUGGAGGACGUGGAGAUUCUACAAGGGGGACAUCUACGCGAGGUUCCGCGACGGCGACGGCGCCGUCGCCGGAGAGGGAGGUGACGGCCGGUUGCCGGUGGACCAGCGGCGGCGGCCGCCGCCGCCGGAGGAGGAGGAGGAGUCAACGGCGGUCAACGGAAGGAAGGAGUGAGCCAGUGAGGAGGAGGAGGAGGUGGGAGUAGUUGGUAGGUUGACUUGGUCAAUGAUGACGUCAUCAGCGGUCACUGGUGAUGGAUUCUAUCUACUCUGGCUUUGGCUGCUGACGUGGAAUGGAAAUUACAGCAUUUACAGAAGAUCUGGAAAAGCACAGCACGAAAGCGGCUGUAAAUUUGGUUUCACCAAAGGAAAUGCAAAUAUAAGUUUCUUACUUAUUUGCUUUGGAAAUUUUCGGUUUGGCGAAAUCGCAUCGAAUGUAAAUAUGAGUACUGAGUACAUGUAUUGUAUCCGUAACUUAUAAAGAGUGACAUAGGUUUGUAAUUGGAAAUUCCUCUGUUUUAAGAGAGAGAGAGAUAUGAGUAAAACUUUAUUUUUUUCAAACUAAGAUCAAGCUUGUAAGUUGUACUACA